AAUAACGGUUAAAAAUCGGAGAAGAAGACUUUGUGACUAAUUCUAAAGCGCACGUGGAAAUCCGCUCCUUUUUCUGUAAUAAUAAAGCAAUAACUAUAAAUAAAGUGGUGAAAUAUAUUUGACAAUCCCCACAAUCGCGCGACCCUGCCCGUGAGCAAUCUCCCAACUCACUCUGAUAGAACGUAUACAAAUGCACGGUUUUUUAAUGCCAAUCAUGACUUGAGCAUUGCCUAACGUUUGAUAAUAUAAAUCAACCGAAAGAAUGGAAUUCAUUUCGCUGGAAGGGGGUUUUGAUAAGCAGAAGAGAAUUUCGUAAUACGAUUACUCGAUCUGCGAUUACAAUAUUAUUACUUAAUUCACUUAACUCGUAAUGAGUUUCAGUUCCAUCUCUUGUCCCUUAAGGACUGUUUUUAAUGCACAUAAUAUCACGAAACAAGUGAGACGAUGGUCAAACGACAUCAGAGUUGUGGAAGUUGGCCCACGAGAUGGUUUACAGCACGAAUCAAAGGUUUUAGAUACUUCCAUUAAAAUUAAAUUCAUCGACAUGCUCUCGGAAACUGGACUCCGGACUAUAGAAGUAACCAGCUUUGUAUCGCCUAAAUGGAUCCCCCAAAUGGCAGACAAUGCCGAAGUCUUUAAAAAGAUUAAGAAGAAUCCUAGUAUCAACUAUCCAGUCCUCGUACCGAACUUGAAAGGCUUAGAGAGUGCUUUGCAAGUUGGCGUUCAAGAGAUCGCAGUUUUCGGAGCAGCGUCUGAAGCGUUCACUCGGAGGAACAUCAACUGUUCCAUCGGUGAAAGCAUCGACAGAUUUUCAGAGGUUAUAUCUAAAGCGAAGAAGCAUAAUUUGAAAAUUAGGGGAUACAUAUCCUGCAUAGCAGGCUGCCCUUACGAAGGAGACGUCAAACCAUCCGUGGUUGCCAAUUUGUCAUCGGCUUUAUUAGAUCUUGGCUGUUAUGAAAUUUCUCUUGGCGAUACAAUCGGUAUCGGGACGCCUAAAAAAAUCGAACUAGUCUUAAACGAACUGAAACAUAUUUCCUCUGGAGAUAUGUCAAGAUUUGCAGUUCAUUGUCACAAUACUUAUGGACAAGCUCUGGGAAAUGUCUACGCAAGUCUUAAUUAUGGAAUAAGAGUGUUCGACUCCGCUGUAGCUGGACUCGGUGGCUGUCCAUACGCUGCCGGUGCAUCCGGAAAUCUUCCAACUGAGGAUUUACUUUUCUUUUUGGAAGGACAGGGCCUGAACACGGGUAUAAAUUUAAAUAAUGUAAUUAAUAUCGGGGACUACAUCUGUAAAGAACUCGGCAGAGAAAAUCAAUCCAAGGCUGGCGUAGCUAUUCUUGCCAAAGAAAGAUUGAAGAAACGAUGCAUUUAAAACACGCCUAACCUUUAAAAAGAAAAAUAAAACAAUCUCCAUAAUUUCAUGAAAACUGAUUAUCCAAAGCAAAACAAUUACCAUAAAAUAUUUAGCCCGAUAUUUAUAAUCACUUCAUCCAGAAACCGCACCGUGGAAUUUUUAAUACAAGCAUUCCUUCCGACUCGAUAUAUUAAAUUUACAACUCCUCAAAUCGCUGUAAUAUCUUCAAGCACGGAACUGUAAAACCGAAUAAAUACGACCGAUGGCAGAAAAAAGCAUUCCAAUGACGAUUCAUAGCCUCGAUUUAUAUAUAAUAAAUCCUGAAAGAAUACUUUACCGUUAAUUUCGAUAUUGUACAUUUAUCUUUGCACACUGUAGGAAUGCACAUAGAACUACAAUAUUAAUAUAGAAUGUUUCUGUACACUGA